CUUCAGUAGACGCGCAACGAAAGUGCAUUCAGCAAGAUGCAAAUGCGUUCCAGUUUAUUGAUUCUGUGCACGAUCCUGUGGAGCCAGUCUUUCUGUGUGCGGGCUGACGAGGCGAAUGGACUGCGAAUAUUGGAAGCACAAAAGUGCGGCAUUUUUUUAACGAUCAGAAUAACCAAUGGUCACGAGGUUGCCCUGGGCUCCAGGCCUUGGAUGAGCUUGCUCCGUUUGCGUCUCGGACAAGACGAGGCCUUUGCGUGCGCUGGCACCCUCAUAACCGAUCGCUUCGUACUCACCGCCGCCCACUGCUUGACGCGAUACGAACUGGUAUCUGUGCGCUUGGGCGAACAUCAAUUAUCUACGGAAACGGACUGCAAGCCAGCGGGCAGAACCAUCAGAUGCUUGCCGCCCGUUGAGGAUAUUGACGUGGAGCGUGUCUUUAGGCACGCGGACUACGUGCCGGAGACGAACCACAAUGACAUAGCUCUGAUUAAGCUGGCCCGCCCGGUGGCCUUUAAGCCACACAUCAGGCCCAUUUGCUUGCCGAUUAAUGCAACAUUGCAGCAAAGGGCAGAGUCGAGUGAAAAUUUUGUUGUAACGGGCUGGGGCACCACCGAGGAUGGCAGCGAAUCCGAUGUGCUGCUGGAGACGGCCAUUGAUACACAGACGCGACGAUCGUGCUUUAAUUCGUACGCCCGGGAAAUCAAACAGACCCAACUCUGUGCCGGAGCACUUCGGAGCGACUCUUGCAGAGGCGACUCCGGUGGCCCGUUGUCGUACCCGGCCAUUUAUUCGAACAGGCAACGCUUUGUCCAGUUCGGCAUUGUCAGCUAUGGCGCGCGCAGCUGCGGCAGCGGCUUUCCGGCCGUCUACACAAACAUUGCCAGCUUCAUACCGUGGAUAACCAAUAUAAUAGGCGCGAAUUGCUAAACAGGAAAACGCUAGCAUACUUAAUAAUAAUCAAAUUACAUUUAUGACCUCAUUAUCAUUA